UUUAGUUUACUCCUUUAGUGAUUUUCUAGUCUUGACAAUGGCGGAGCAACAGAAAGCGCCGCGCUACAUGACUCAACUAUUGGAUGCACUUGGUUGGAAUCAAGGAACAAGAAUUCCUCUAGCAAAUCCUGAUAACCAACAUCUAGAAACCCUCUUAAUUGAUAGACAAAGUGAGAUACAGAGGCUGAAGGAAGCUCUUACGCUUCAGAAUCAAAAAACCAGUGAUCUUAAUAACUACAAGCAACAUGUGCAUACUGAGUAUCAGGAAAAUACACGCCUGCUAUUUGGUCACAAGCAGCAGCUGGAGCAAGAGGUGAAGCUCCGCCAACUGUCCUGCAAUGAUUCCGACAGCCUUGACAGAGAUAUUACUGCAACCAACAAGCAGAGCAAGGACAUCUCUGAGCGCGUUGAUAAAUACCAAGCUAGCAUAGCACGCCUUCUCAAGAAAGCGGAUUCUCUGAAGAGCGAAGUUUGUGGGGAGCGCGGGGCACUGCAGGAAUGGCGAGCGCAAUUGGAACGCAACUCCGGAGACAUCAGUGCUAUUGAACAAUUCACCAAGCAAGAUGUUUCCAAAGCAAAAGCCUUGCAAACUAAGGCACAAAAGUUAAAAGUAGAACAUGACCAUAUGCUAGAUCGGCUGAACCAGCUUGUGUCAAAUCUCAGUGCUGAAGAGAGGGCGUGUGAGCGAAUAUCUGUUCAGGUGAUGGAAGGUAUGGAGCAAAGGAGGCAAAUGAUGGUCAUGUGGACAUCUGCUGUUGAAAAUUUAAGGCAACGGGACACGGAUAUUAGACACAUCAAAGAGGAUUACGAAGUGUUAGAAGUGGAGGCGAACAACAUAGCGGACAAAUGUCGCGAGCAGCAGAGUUUCUGCGACCAACAGGCCAGCAAUAACGCGGAGGCGGCGCGGAUCAACAUGGGCCAGGCGCAGCAGCUCUCCAACCUGCGGCUGGCGUACCAGCAGCUGCUGGACCUGAACGCGACUCUGCACAGCAGCGCCCAUUGCUCGCAGCGCGAGCUGCACAACAUGCGCAAGACGCUCGAGAAACUGCACAUGGAGAACCGGCGCAUCAUGGAACAACAACAUCGCAAAGGCGUCGCCCUCAAGGAGAUUGUCAACAAGAUUAAAGAGCUUAAGGCGAAAUUAACCGAAUCAACGGACAAAACUAAAACUUCUGAACAACGUGCGAAGGAACUUGAAGCCAUUUUGCAGGAGGAAGAGCGCUACGCCAGUAAUCUGACGUUGAACCAGCAGCGCGCGAUGCACUGCUCUUUCGUCGAGCAGCAGAAACUCCUGGCGCUCAAGAAUGAGGAAAAACUUUUUAAUAUGCACCUUAAAGCUUCAAAAGCCAUCGUCAGUAAAUUGGAAAAGAAACAAGCCGAAGUCCUCAGAAACCUCCAGAGUGUGAAGGAGUCACUUUACAAUAUCUGUUACCAAGUGGAGACGAUCGGCUCGCAAGUGUCGCACAUGGAAGGCGCGCAGUCGGAGCGCGAGGUGUCGGCCGAGUUACUGGCGCGCGAGAACAGGCUGUUAGAAGUGCGCGCGCGGCACGCGGCCCGGGCAGCGCUGCUGGAGCGGCACUCGGCCAAGUUGCAGGACGACAUGCGCCGCCUCGCGCGGGACCUCGAACAUUUCGUCACCACCCACGUCGCGCUGCAAAGCCGUCUGCGCACAUCAUUGUUGAACGUAGAAGGCGGCGAGAAAGACUUGCGUGCGUCGCGCGUCGAGUGGCGUCGCGAACGCGUCGAAGAAGCGCUCACGCGGCUGCGAGUCGAGCACGCGUCUCGCGCACUCGCUAGCCUCGACGACCGCGCGUACAACGCCGACACGCAGCGACUGCGGCUCGAUGCUGCGAUGAACGAACGCUUGGUGGAAAUCAUGGCGCGUCGCGACAUGUUCAGCGUGCAGGUGCGUGCGCUCACGGAGGACUGUGGGAAGCUGCGCGGCGUGAUCAAAGAGCGAGAGAACCGCAUAGACCAGCUCAAGAAGAGAUACGACAUUUUUAUUGGUUCACUGGGCAAGGAUGACUCUGGGCAACAGUUGUCUGUGACCUUCUUCAAAAUAAAGUUCGCAGCGGAGCGAGCGGAACUGCGCGAGCGCGGAGCGGCGCUUGACGCGGACAUCAGGCGGCAGGAGCGCGACAUAUCCGCGCUGGAGGCAACGCUGCGCGUCGUGUACGCCGCGCACACACACUUCCUGCACCGCGUCUCGCCGCUCGCGCGCGAUACACCAGAAAUCCAAGAGCUGGAGGAGGUCACGAAGAAGUACUACCAGGUGCGCGACGAGCUGAAACACUUGUACAAUGAGACCGCGUCCACGGAGCUGCGCGUGCAAGACGCGAGCGCGCGCGCCACCGCGCUGCACGACAAGUGCAAGCAGCUGGAGCAACGGCAGGCCGAGUGUGAGAAUGAAUUGGACAACUUGAAGGAUAGAAUGUGUAAGCAUGAAGGGCGCUUACAGAACGCACUGGAUGUAGUCAAGAAUAACGCUAAGCGCGCGAACAAGAUUUUUGACAACCUCGACGACUGGCGCUUAUUCCAAUUAGCUCUCUGGAUCCGCGACUACUCGGAGGCGGCGAGCGGCGCGCUGGAGGCGCUUGCGGAAACGUGUAUGGGCGCGGCGGCCGUGUACUCACACUUGGCUGCGCUGGUGGCCUCCUCGGACCUGAAGCGCUAUGUGACGCGCCACCAGCGCCGGCUGCAUCUCCUCGUGGAACGUUUGCAAGCUGAUUCGCAUAUUGGAGUACCCGGUGACGAUGAAGAGUCAGUGUUUUCUUCGUCGGUGUCAUCGAUGCGGAGCGGGAUGAGUAUUACGAGCGGCACCACCAAGCGAAUGGCCGCGUUCCGCAAGACCCUUGCCACCAAGGUUCAGGAGCCCACCUUGGUCGAAAACCUUCCAGAAUCAGUGUUGCGGUCGUCAGUGUCUCUGCGCGUGGUCACGCUGGGCCUGGAGCGGCCGUCGGUGUCGGGCGCUCCCUCAACCUCCGGCGUCCGACUUGGCAAGACAUCACGAUGAAUAUAUAAUACUACUUUUUUACUACUUUUAUUUAUACUUACUAUUUUUUUAAUUUGCC